GGUUUCACUAUGCGCUCGUAAAACGGCUCCGUCUACUACGAACGCGGCGGUGCAGGUGCUCUGUCUCUUCGGGAGAGGAUGCGGAUGGAAGGACGGGGGAGGGAAGGGAUGAAGGGAAACGCCACGAGGAAAGAAAAUAGGAUAUGAAAAGGGGCUUUUGCUAAGAGACCGUGAGGUGCAAGGUCGAAUAUGAGAGUUCGGUUGAACGGGGCACUUUGCGUGGUAAAAGCUGGUCGGCAAUAGUACUAUGAUUUGGUAUGUGGCCACUCUGAUAGCAAGUGUAUUCAGCACCAGAGGAACGGCCGCUCAAGGUGCCCACGGAGUGAGAGAGGAGCCCCGGUUUGUGACGGCGCGCGCCGGAGAGAGCGUGAUCCUGGGGUGUGACGUGUCCCCUCCCCUGGACGGCCAGCAGCCCCCCUAUGUGGUGGAGUGGUUCAAGUUUGGAGUGCCUAUACCCUUCUUCAUCAACUUCCGCUUCUACCCUCCUCAUGUGGAUCCAGAGUACACUGGUAGAGCCUCUCUGCACGGGAAGGCCUCCCUACAGAUUGACCCAGUGCGCUCCGAGGACCAGGGCUGGUACGAGUGCAGGGUCCUGAUGCUGGAGCAACAGUACGACACCUUCCACAACGGCAGCUGGGUGCACCUCACAGUCAAUGCCCCACCUUCAUUUACAGCGACGCCGCCACAGUAUGUGGAGGCGAAGGAAGGGGGAAGCACCGUGCUUAGCUGCUCUGCCCAGGGAAAUCCAAAACCAAUGAUCAGCUGGCUGAGGGAGGGGGAGGAGCUUGCAUCCAACACAAAAUAUUCGGUACACGAUGGCAGUCUAACCAUCCUUGCCAUCACUCGAGAUGACAGAGGGGCGUACACAUGCCGAGCCUACAGUGACCAGGGAGAGGUGCUCCACACUACCCGUCUGCUGGUUCAAGGGCCUCCAUACAUCGUCUCUCCACCAGAAAACGUCACUGUAAACAUAUCCCAGAAUGCACUCUUCACCUGCCAAGCGGAGGCGUAUCCUGGCAACCUGACCUACACCUGGUUCUGGGAAGAGGAUAAUGUCUACUUCAAGAAUGACCUCAAGCUCCGAGUGCGCAUUCUCAUCGACGGCACCCUUAUCAUCUUCCGGGUCAAGCCGGAGGAUGCUGGGAAAUACACCUGCAGUCCGAGCAACAGCCUCGGUAUCUCACCCUCGGCAUCGGCCUACCUGACUGUUCAGUACCCUGCCCGAGUGAUCAACAUGCCCCCAGUCAUUUACGUCCCACGGAAACUGCCAGGCAUCAUCCGCUGCCCGGUGGACGCCAACCCACCUGUGACAUCGGUGAAGUGGGAGAAAGACGGCUAUCCUCUCAGAGUGGAGAAGUACCCCGGUUGGAGCCUGAUGCCAGAUGGAAGUAUCCGAGUUGCGGAGGCCACAGAAGACUCCCUGGGCACCUACACCUGUGUGCCUUACAACGCCCUGGGUACCAUGGGCAUGUCCCCCCCUGCCACUUUGGUGCUAAAGGAUCCCCCUUACUUUAAUGUGAGGCCUGGGGGGGAGUACCGUCAGGAGGCCGGGAGAGAGCUAGUUAUCCCCUGUGCUGCUUCUGGAGACCCUGAUAUACCAAGCAUCACCUGGAGAAAGGUGGGGAAGACAAGCAAGAGUAAGCACAACAUCCUACCCAGUGGCAGCUUACAGUUUCUGUCCCUCAGCAAGGAGGACCAUGGAGAAUGGGAGUGUGUAGCCACAAAUGUGGUCACAAGCAUCACUGCCAGCACGCGUAUCCUAGUCAUCGGCACCAGCCCGCACGCUCCUGGCAAUAUCCAUGUAUUACCCUCAACAACCUCUGCUAAUGUGUCCUGGGAACCAGGAUACGAUGGCGGCUUCGAACAGACGUUCUCUGUGUGGUACGGUCCAGUGUCAAAGAAAACAGACUUCGGUCCUCACGACUGGCAUUCGAUGCCAGUUUCUGGUGCUCAGACCUGGUUGGUGGUGCCAGGGCUGGAGCCUGGGACAGAGUACCAGUUCAGUGUGUUGGCACAAAACAAACUGGGCACAGGCCCAUUCAGCGAAGUUGUGACAGUCAACACUGCAGGCUCUCCUCUGGGUACCCCAGAACCACUGGUGCUUCUUACUCCACCACGGUGCCUCACAGCCAAUCGCACGCAGCACGGUGUCCUCCUCACGUGGCUCCCCCCAGCCAACCACUCCUCACCCAUCGACCGCUAUAUCAUGGAGUUCCGCCUCGGGGAGAGGUGGGAGGUUCUGGAUGACCUGAUCCCAUCCACUGAGACUGAGCUCAUAGCCAGAGACCUCGUUCAGGAGUCCUGGUAUGAGUUUCGAGUGAUGGCUGUCAUGGAUGACCUAAUCAGUGAGAGCAGCAACGUGGUGGGAGUGUCCAGCACAGAUCCCUUCCCCCCUGCAGAGUUACCUGAAGAGGGGCUGGCGCGGCCGGUGGUGGCGGGUGUUGUGGCAACUAUCUGUUUUCUGGCAGCGGCAGUACUGUUCAGCACUCUAGCAGCUUGCUUUGUCAAUAAGCAACACCGUCGCAAACUCAAACGUAAACCAGAUCCUCCCUUGUCGGUGACACACUUCAGGAAAAGCAUUGAGUCACCGUUAUCAUCUGGGAAGAUAAGUCCAGAGAGCUCUCCUCCGUCUCGGCCCCGCUCUCUUUCUUCAGAGGGUUCCCACGGCCCAGGCCUGUACGUCAGGAAGCUGCCCAGCCCUCAAAGAGAACGGGACAAAGAGCUCUCCUUCUACAAGAAAACCAAGCGUGCCAUAGCCAGCAAGAAAUACAGUGUGUCCAAGUAUGAGGCAGAGGUCACCACGCCUAUCGAGCUGAUAAGCCGCGGCCCCGAUGGCCGCUUCGUCAUGGAGAGCCCACCGCCCCGGCGCAUCCACGGCUUCCCCUUCGCAGAGGAGUCUGACAUGUACCCUGAGUUCCGGCAGUCCGAUGAGGAGAAUGAUUUUGACCCCGGGCCUCUGCCGCCCAUCAUGCCCACGCUGCGGCCCCAGCUCUCCCCAACGUCCUCCAGCCUGGAGUCAACGCAGCCCCCCACCUACAGCCCCCGCCUACACAGGGCCAUGGAAGGUAUGAGUUUUGCAGAGGGCAGUGCACUUCACGCCUCAGGGCAGGCCCCGGCCUCCCGCUACAGGGGCUUUCCCCAGGGCCCAUUUUAUGGGUAUCUAGGCAGCCGCAUUGAUUCAGGGAUUCCGCCACCAUUCUACAUGCCUGACAUCAGCCCGCGUAGCUCUGCUCUGUCCUCCCCCCCAGGCACUGCCGAGGGGCCCUUUGGUUACCCCUCCAUCCCCGAGGAGAGUGGAGAGAUGGAGCACCAUCAGUACACUGCCUCUGGCCAUUCUCUGUCUCACACACACAGCCCUCCUCCUCGCUCUCCUGAAAGCUGGCAGCCUCAUGAGUUACCCUUCCUCGGCCUAGAGGGUCCACGGUUCAUAUACCCACCUCACCAUCCCUCACACCAUCCCCAGGACCUCCCUGAUCCACCCCCAUACCCUCCUCACUCUCUUCCCCCCAGUCGCCUGCACCUCCAGUCCCUAAAGGAUCCAACAAGCCCUGGACUCCUGCAGCUGGAGGUCCCUGUGGCUCCCCCAGGCAGAGACAGGCCCAUGGGGCCUCCGGUUAGGCGUUUAGCUAUGCAACAGGCCCAGAGUCUCGGCCAGCUCAGACACACGUCCCACGGUGUGGGUGUACCAGUGUUGCCUUACCCUGACCCGGCAGCCCGUGCAGGGAGCCCAAGCACAGCCCCCAGUAGUAGCCCUCAGUCCUGGCUCAGCCCGAGGGCGGGGCGCCGGGCAGACCCCAGCCUACCCCCGCUAGUACUCCAGCCCUCCCGCCUCUCUCCGCUCUCCCAAAGCCCCCUUAGCACCCAGCCGGGUUCCCCAGAUAUUCUAGUGCGACCCCCUCCACGCCCCAGCAUCCUCCGCACCUCUCGGUCUCUGGAGAUGCCUGAAAUCACCCUGCAGCCCUCGGCCACUGUCAGUUUCUCCCGGAGGUCCUCCCUGUCCGCCUCUCCCCCUCAGAGCCAAGGCGCCAGGCAACCCAGCCCCAGUUACCACGCCCACAUGUCCUAUGCCUCCACUGCAACCAGUUACCCCUCCCAGUCCCCCUCUCCCCCUCUGGAGGGCAGGGAUGUUUUCGGGCAGAGGCCAUCCCAGAGAAGGACAGAGGAGGAGAUGCUGCCCUCAGAGCCCUCUCAGCUCCAGAUAUCAGCCUCAGGGGAACCUCUAGGUGCGUCUAGUGAUCCUGCCGGGUCUGAGAGCUUACCAGCACUGCUACACCACUGUAUUAGUAAAGCCAAGAGAGUGGCUGCCAACAACAAUAACAACGCAACCUCCGGAAGGAGAACAGGUGUGUGUCCCUCUCAGACCCAGCAGCAAUCUCAGACACCCCAAGAGGGAGAGGAUCUCCACAGAAAGAGGAAAAGGCAAAACAAGAAAAACCCCUAUCUCUAUUUGACCUCCUUCCUGCACCGCAGGCAGUCUGAGGAGGACCAGACAGGCAUACUGGCCAGUGCAGACUCCGAGGGCCCAAAUUAUGGGACUCUACGCUGACCCGUGUGCCCAGCAAGCCAUCGGACUCGACUAGACUGACCUCCCCUGAAAAAAAAAAAUGAAAAAACCACCUCAGCCCUCUCUGCUCCACCCGAGUCUCUAGCUAAUACAUUUCUUAUAAUCUCUAAAAGUUCAUCUGUGUUCAAGGAGCGGGAAACAUCCAGCUGAAUGCUCCAGGGGUCGGACAUCUUACCUGUAUGUGAAGACAAGAACAAUGACUUUCACUUGAAAAUGCUCUGAAAAUAUAUAAUGUAUAUAAAUAGUAAAAACAAGGGAAUUAAGCUUCUUCCUACAGUAAUAAAAAUGUGUUGGUUGAGUAUGUGACAACACGUUAAAGAUUUUUCACUCACUGGUCAUUGAGGGGUCCAUAUCUUUAGGUUUUUCAGUGAUACAGUGUACUGUGAAGCCUGGUGCGUCCUCGGACAUGGACAUGAGUCUACCUUUCCUACAAUACAAAUAGUGUCAGUAUUUAAACACAGGGUUCUUACCACAAAAUAUACCUCAGAGUAAACGCAAAGUUGCUGUAAUUCUUGUGGUAUACUGUACGUACUUGACCUUUUCUUACAUAUGAAACGUAUGGAUAAAAAGGUUUAUAUCACACUCCGCACUCAUUCAAACGGAUAAUAUGGCCUAACUUGAUCUAAUUUAGAAGCUUUUUAGUAUCAGUAAUAGCUGGCAUCUCAUGUUUAUUUUUCAUUUAUGAUCCAAUGCCAACCAUUAGAGGACUGUCUUAACUGUAGUGCUUGAUGACUCAGUGUGUUUACACUUCUCAUCAUGGCACCAAAUUAAGAUUAAGAUCAUAGCCUUCAUGAGAACUCUCAAAAUAAUUUGGGACAACAGAGGUUGGAGUUGUAGGGUCAGAAGAACAGGGUGAUGAAUUGUGAAGUGUACUGUACUAUGUAUUUCAUUCUUUAGGAUCAUUUGUGAAACGCGGCACAUCUCGAGGUGCCUUUUAUUUGCCUUUUCUCUCUUGUUUAUUCUAACAUAAACUGCCUUUUCCUUCGCCUUCCCAUAUUUGUCUCUUCGGGGGCGGAGUGAGGGACUCUAAUACUAUGUGUGUUUUUACUUUCUCUGCCAAGGACACAUGAGAGA